GGUGAAGUGAUACUGUUGGAAUUGUCUUACGAUAUUCGCAACAUUUAAUGAUAGUAGAAAAUGAGGUGUAUUAAAACACUACUUCAAGUUUUAUUUCUUCUUAAUGUUUGCUUGGCUACGCUAUCACCGCCCUCCGAUAAGAAGGGGCAAAAGGGAGUAAAACCGCAAGACGGGCCUAGAAAAAAUAAUGUUCUUGAUCGGAAAUUAGUCUCCGAGACACCGUACGUAAAGGAUAUUUUGAAAUACCAUGCUACGUAUCAUCAAGAUGUGUCGACGAGGAAUUUUAAGAAUCCAGUCUUAGGAUAUGUUACACCCUGGAACAGCAAAGGCUAUGAAGUUGCUAAGAUCUGGGGUCCAAAGUUUAAUUACAUCUCACCAGUAUGGCUACAAAUCAAACGCCAGUCGCCUAGUAUUUACAUUAUCUCAGGUCUACAUGAUGUUGACCACGCCUGGGUAAAAGCUGUUAAACAUAAGGGAGCAGAUAGUAAUUUGAAAGUCCUCCCAAGAAUGUUAUUUGACAACUGGCAGCCAACAGAUCUUAAAGCGUUCUUCACUGAACCAACAUCAAUUGUAGAGCAAAAAGCUCUCAUGUCUGAAGUGAAGAAAGUUUGCAAGCAGUGGAAAUUCGAUGGAGUUGUGUUAGAAAUGUUGUCCCAAGUCGGCAAGUAUGCAGAUCGGUCUGUCAAGUUUAUACAGGCAUUUGGUUUAGAAAUGAGUGAAGAUAAUCUUAGUUUAAUUCUAGUCUACCCACCAUUCCGAGGCUUUCCCACCGAUGAGUUCUUUAUCCAAGCAUUUAACGACAUUUACCCAUAUGUUGAAGCUGUAUCCGUCAUGACAUAUGACUUUUCUAGUCCUCAGAAACCGGGUCCAAACGCACCACUAUAUUGGAUGAGGCUUUGUGUAGAAAAACUAAUAGAUAAAGAUGAGAAUCCAUCCAAACGAGCUAAAAUUCUCCUCGGCUUGAAUUUCUAUGGCAAUUCUUAUACGGCCAAUGGCGGUGGUCCCAUAGUCGGUACGGAGUACAUUGAACUGCUGAAGAAUGCCAAGACAAAUCAAGUUUUGACCUAUAAUAAUAAUACCGCUGAGAAUUAUUUGGAAAUUAAAACUUCACAGGGCUCCAAAAAGAUAUUCUACCCAAGUCUCUAUUCCAUUCAGAAAAGACUUGAUCUCGCUCGUGAAUACGGAAUAGGUGUUGCCAUUUGGGAACUAGGGCAAGGUCUCGAUUAUUUCUAUGAUCUACUUUGAUUUGUGAUAUUAUUAU